UAGCGAUGAUUGUUGUUUUUCCUGUCAGGUGUGUUUCGUUUCUGCGCAUUCAUAGGAUUUUUUGAUGCAGGCAGAGUAAAAACCUGAUGUGAUUUUAGCAAAAAUUGCAAAUUAACGAGUUUAUCGGAUGUUUUUACCUUGUUAUUGUUGACGAAUAGCUGCAGCUACGUUUGGUGAAGGUAAUGGAAGCUGUUUUGCAUGCGAAGUGAACACGCAAGAAUCGUUUAAAUGAAAAUUUAACUUGCUGGAUAGUGAUGUCAUCAGCUCGAUUGUUUUCUUCGCAGUUGCAUGGAGUAAAAAGGUGAUGGAUCAAUUCAGUUAUUGCAGUGAAGUGUGUGCUUUGCCAAAGCUAUUAAAAAAUAACGAUUGAGCGAGUGGUUUAUGACAUUCCUCUUAUAGUUGGUAUGAGUGCUAAAGACAAGGAUGGUGACAGGUUGUGGAAAAUAAUGUGUUAUUGUUAUCAACAUAUGUGUAAUUUAAGCAUCGGUGGUUUGCAAUCUGGCAUUGACCAAGUUUCCUAUUAUUAGAACAAGUGAAUCACGCAGAUCACGAGAAGAGAAAAAAAAGUUUUGUUUACUGUGUUUAAAGCUGCUGAAGUAUAUAAUCCAAGGUCACCACAAUGGUCUUCGAGAGUAUUGUCGCGGAUGUUCUGAAUCGAUUCGUCGGUGAAUAUGUGGAGAAUCUUGACAAAAAGCAACUUAAGAUUGGAAUAUGGGGUGGUGACGUCGUGCUGAACAAUCUUAUCCUGAAGCAAAGUGCCCUAAAGGAGCUCGAUCUUCCCGUCAGUACAGUUUACGGCCAUCUCGGGAAAUUAGUACUUAAAAUCCCGUGGAAAAAUCUUUACAGCGCUCCGGUAGAAGCCAUCGUCGAUAAGCUCUAUCUGCUGGCCGUUCCCAAUACAGACGUUCGAUACAGUGCAGAAAAGGAAGAUAACAAUGCUUUCGAGGCGAAGAAAGCGGAACUUGCUCGCAUUGAGCAGGCUAAGAAAAACGAAGAGGAAAAGGACAAGCCGGCUGCGGACAAAUCAUUCGCCGAGAAGCUGACCGCACAAAUAGUAAACAAUGUACAAAUUAAGAUAUCCGACAUUCACGUACGAUACGAGGACACUACUACCACUGGAUAUCCGUUUGCGUUCGGGGUGACAUUGAGCAACCUGAGUGUCCACACGACCGAUGAACAUUGGAUGCAAACGCUGGUAUCACAGUCGGUGACAAAAAUCUACAAAGUCGCCCAGCUGGAGAUGCUAUCGGUGUACAUGAACUGCAAUACGCAGCUUUUCCAGGAACAGGAUCCGUCCAUGUAUAAGACGUUGUUCCAGGAAACAAUCGCUUGUAAAGGUCACAAACCGGAGGGCUACCAUUACAUUUUCGGUCCAAUCAGCUCGGGAGCCAGACUGGAGAUGGUACCGAAUCCAGAAUCAGAAGAAACACCAUUCAGUUCCCCGAAGAUAAAACUGAAUUUGUGCAUGGAAACCCUCGGAAUCGGUAUAACAAGAGUGCAGUUCCAAAACACGAUGCAACUGUUGGAAGCCUUCGGACGGAUGAUGCGGGCAAUGCCGUACAGAAGGUUUCGACCGCAUGCAAUCCCGUACAAAAAUCACUACAGCCAAUGGUGGAAAUUUGCGUACACCUGCGUAUUGGAAACUCAAGUGCGUCGUCGUCGGAAGGAUUGGUCCUGGGACAAUAUGUUGCGGCACAGACAGGUCCUAAAACGUUACGAGGAAGCGUACAAAACGCGGCUAACUACCAAAAAAUUGACUCCGGAAAUCACGGCCCGAUGUGAAGAGUUGGAGAGAAUACUGGAUUUGCAUAACAUUAUUGUGAUACGACAAAAAAUCGAGCUGGAAGUCAAAAAGGAAGGCAAAAAACAGGAGGAGGAACAGAAGGGUGGUUGGUUUAGUUCGUGGUGGGGAGGAGGUGCCAAGAAAACGGAUGAUGAUAAUAAAACUGAUAUUAAAAAACAAUUCGAAGCAGCGAUGACACAGGAAGAGAAAGCCAAACUGUUUAAAGCUAUUGGGUAUCAGGAGAGUGAUGCUCCUACUGAGUUGCCCGAGAAUUACGUAGCUCAAGUGUUGCAGUUUGAGCUUAAAUCGUUGGAGGUUUCGAUCAAAUCCGAAGUUGGUUCACAUGAUUUGAUGAGCAGCCCCAGCAAGGCUUUGGAAAGGGUUAUGCUAUUGGAGCUGACCAAUGUGAAAUGUGGCGUUCAGCAGAGGCCUUCUGCAGCUGCAAUGAAGGUGUUUCUACAGAUGCAAGAACUUACUAUCUGCGGUCUGCAGCAAAAUGAUUCGCUCCCAACUAUUGUGCGAUCACAACUGGAGGGGUCGAGCACCUUGCUGGAUGUUUCGUUCGAAACGAAUCCAGAGGAUAAACUUUGCGAUCAACGGGUUGUGGUAACUUCUCGUCCUCUGCAGAUUAUUUACGACGCCGAAACCAUCAUUCAACUGACGAAAAUUUUCAAAACUCCUAAAACAGCGACGAUAUCACAGCUGACGGAUGCCGCCGCCGAGAAAUUGGUCAACAUCAAGGAGCGCUCAGCUACUGGACUGCAGUAUGCCAUUGCUAAGCAUCCACGGUUGGAGCUAAAUGUCGAUAUUAGUCCCAGUUAUUUGAUAGUACCCAACGGAGGUUUAUUCUGUGGUCGUGAAUCGGUUCUAGUUGUAAGCUUGGGCAAGCUACUGGUUCAAACAGAACCACGACCAUUAUACCAAAAAGAUGUUCAUACCAUGCAUGAGGAAGGUGCAAAUCAGGAAGAAAUUCUUAACGAAAUCAUCCGCCAAAGUUACGACAAAUUUGUUCUGGAAAUUCGCGACGUUCAAGCAAUUGUGGCAACGAUCGAUGAAGACUGGCAGGGAACACUUCGGUGCAGCAGUGUCACCGAAAUGCACCUACUGGAACCCACUUCCUUCCGCAUAUCUGCCCAUCUCUGUGUGAUUGAUGAUGAUCCCCGACUGGCAAAGUGUAAAAUUUUCGGCGAACUUCCCAGUGUUAAUAUUUGUGUCACUGAACAAAGGGUGCUGGAAGCUCUGACGAUUGUAACCUCGCUGCCACUGCCGGAAAGUGACGAGUAUCAACCGGCUCCCAUCGCCAAAGAUAGUAACGUGUUCAGCUCGAGCUUGUCAUUGCUCAAAUAUUUAGAUGAGAAGCAACAAAAGCUAACGAAAAUUCAACGCCCAGCGGAGAAUUUGAAUAUCUCGGAUGCGGUGGAUGGUGAGGUGGUACAAUUUAUCGAUCUGGAGGUGCGAUUUGUUCUGAAUGAAUGUUCUCUGACAAUCUUCAGAAUUAGUGGCACUAACAGUAGCUCGUCGGAUGUUUUUGCUACGCCGACCGAGGAGUUCGCACAGUCCCCGCUUGAGCACAGCUUGAUGCAACGGAAAAGCGUGGCAUUUAAUGUGCCCUAUUCGAAUACGAACUCGCAAAAGAUUAUGGCCUUCAAAGUUAAACAGCUGGAAAUGAACAUGGUUCAGCGGACGUAUGAUUUAAAAGUUGCUUUAAAGCUUGGCGCCGUGACGUUGGAUCAAUUCCGAAUGAGGAACGAACAGGAAAAAAUGCUAAACGUAAUCCGGACGCCGAAAUAUGAUGAUAAUGAUGAUUAUUUGUUUACGCUGAACUACACCAAUUGCAAGAAAAAUAGCCCGGAAUUCACCACCAAGUACGAAUCAGUUGAGCAGGAAAUCGAGAUUAAUUUCUCCACCUUAGUGCUGCUACUACACGAAGAAGCCCUCAACGAGCUGAUAAGGCUCGCCAACGACUUCCAAGUUCGGAUGGAAUCGGUUAUGAGCGGAAAGAAGGAACAACAGCUGGCACAGUAUCCGGAACGUGAUCGUAUUGCUACGAUACACGGCGAGGAAAGUACGGCCACGGUGUUGCUUCAUGCCGCCCGGGAAAAACUGCCCACAAUACUGGAGGAUGACACGGUGGAGGCAUCGACGGCGGCACCAUCGAAAGUUAAUCGAACCCGUCCAUCGAUUGUAGACAGCAUAAAAGUAAGAGUCGUGGCCAAAUUGGAAGAUGUGACGGUGGAGCUUCAAAAUGACAAGCGUUCGCUGGCUGUCUUGGAGGUUCAAAAUUUGACCUGCAGUGCCAUCGUAAAAUCUUCCUACACGGAGAUCGUCAUUCUUCUUCAAGAUAUUAUUUUGACGGACACUAAUCCAGCAACAAUCCACACGAAAAUUCUGUCGAUCAUCGGUGACAACGCGUUGAAGGUGCAGGUCGUACUUUUUAAUCUGGAAGCAACUUCGGAUUACAAUUCAGACGAUAUGCGCAUCGGAGUUACGAUGGGGUGCGCUCGGAUUGUUUUUCUGAAUUGGUUUGUCACUUCUAUCCUAGCGUUUCUGGAUAAUUUCCAAGCAGCUCAGCAGCGAAUUAAGGAUGCCAGUGCUGCUGCAGCGGAAGCUGCUAGGAACAACGUGGUGGAGGCGUACAGCAAAGCAACUCGGAUGAAGCUGGACAUCAAAAUAAAGGCUCCCAUAAUCGUCAUUCCGGUGGAUUCGAAAAGUUUAAAAGCGGUUGCAAUGGAUUUCGGUCAUCUAAGCAUAACUAACAAUUUCCAAGACAUCGCCACGGAACACUCGCACGGGCCGGCUGUGAUCGAUGAAAUGAAGAUCGAGCUGAAGGACAUGAAGCUUUCGAAGGUGGACGUUUGUCCGUCAAUGGAUAACAACAUGUCACACUCGUUCAGAGUCGGAUCGGAAGAGAUGAUCUAUGGAAUUGUGCCAGAUCAGAGCGCGGUACUGAGCCCGACCAGUUUUACACUGAUCAUGAAACGAAAUUUGUCCUCCAGCUGGUACCGAGAUCAACCGGAUAUGGACAUUUCGGGACGAUUGAAAGCAGUAGAGCUUAACUUUAUUGCUACUGACUAUAGCGUUAUCAUGCAGAUUCUGUCGAAGAAUAUGACUGAAGGUCAGGAUGAGUUUAAGAAACCUGUGGUAAAAGCGCCUAAAUCGCCAACCAGCCCUCAAAUCAUUAAUUAUACUACUUCAAACGCUGACAAUUAUGCUCUCGAUGGAAAACCCAACUGGUCUACAGUGGCCAAAAAAGCGACCGCAAAACCAUUCGGAGUGGAUGUCACCGCUCUGAAGACCAAACAAGAAACGGUUGCGAAAAGCGUGGUAAAGGAAAAGGUCGAUGUUUUCUUGAAGUUCAGUUUCCAAAUUGACAGCAUUAAUAUUAAACUUUUCACCGCUCCCGGAGAAGGACUGGCAGCGUUCGAGAUAUUCUACCUCUCACUGCAGGGUAAAAAGCUAACCAACGGUUCCCUGAAUACCGCUGUCAUUCUGUGCGACAUCCGGCUGGACGAUAUUCGUCCGAAUCGGGAGAACAUGCUGACCCGGCUGAUGGAGCGUCGUUCGAACAAAAAUUCGAAAAUCAGUAUCGCCAGCCGAAGUGAUGAUGACGAAACGAUGGCCCUGCUGGCUCCGCUUCAUUCGAUGAUAGACGUUACGUUCAAUAUGGAGGAAAACGAAAUGUUCGUCGAUAUGAAGGUGUCCAGUUUCACCCUAAUACUAUCGGUUGAUUUCCUGCUGAAAAUUCAGCAGUUUUUGCAACCGGAAGAGCUGGUUGAGGCCAAGGCAAUCCAAGCGGCGGAGGAACAGGCUAGACGAGAGCGGAAAACUAGCACUUCCACUGCACCAGCGGAGAGAACCGAUCCGGGCCAGAUGAAGGUUAAUAUCAAGAUCGAACAGCCGGACAUUAUCUUGGUGGAGAAGAUGGAUGACAUCAAUUGCUACGCACUGAUUUUGAACAACGAAAUUUCACUGAAUGUACGGUUGGUGGGCGAACGGCAAAUUAUCAUGGGCGAACUGAAGGAUCUCUGCCUCUACUAUGCAGAGUUCAAUCCGGAACGGCGUAACGAUACGAAGCACUUUGUUAUUCAUCCGUGUUCGGUUAGCUUGAACGGAUCCACGCCCGAAGGUAAGGGAUUGCACCUGAGUUUGAACCUGACCAACAUUAAGAUCAGCGUGUCUCCGGCAAUCAUCGAACUCAUGAACAAUGCGCUGGUAACGUUGACCGCUAAUGAACAGAUUAAGCUGAACGAAACUCAAAAGGCUGUUGAUUAUAGUGAUUUAUGGAACAUCAAAGGCUACGAUCCGGAUGAUUUCUGGUUCAUUCGGCCAGAGAUGGCAGAAGAUGCGUUGAGUUUAGAAUCUUUGCGGACGAUUGAUAUCAAAGAGGAGAAGUGUUUGAUAGAGGUUCCUUCGAUUUCACUGAUCAUUGAAACUGGACUAGGAAUCAACACAAUUCCGAUGUUGUUUAUUCAAACUGACAUGCGAGCGGAAGUGUCCAACUGGAGUUCGGAUAUGAAAAUAAGCAGUUCUCUUCGGCUAAGUAUGUCAUACUACAAUCAAGCAUUGGCCUUGUGGGAAUACGUGAUUGAACCGAAUGAAAUAGAGCAUCCAAACGGAGCAGUGGAGAAUGUACCGUGGGAGUUAACGUUUGAGCUGGAGGUUGAUCAUCAUGAGGAUCGCUCACAAGAUCCCACUACUAAGAUCUCGGUCGGUUCCAAGGACAGUCUGGAGAUGACGGUAUCGAAAACAUGUCUGGAUGUUAUUCAGAAUUUGGGAAAAGCCUUUUCCGAAGCAAUUAAGCGUGAGGGUAUGGCACAAGCAGAAAUUUUGGCUCCGUACACAGUGCAUAAUGAUACAGGUCAAGAUAUCAAGAUCAAUUUAAUUGGUGGAGAUUUCACAAUCCAUUCUUCACACCUGCAAAUGAAUCAGGAUGAUAACCUAAUCGCUAUCGAGCAUUCUGCUGUUGAUGAAAUCAUUAGCUGCAUCGUUAUGCCCAGCGGAAAGCUGAAUUUAGAGCCCAAGGAAAAGGAUGCUGAACUCUCCAUGGUGACUGUGAUGCAAGACAACGAAAACAGUGUGAAGAAAAAGUUCCUUACCGUAAUCGUUGGUGAUACGGACAAAGAGCUCACACUCCCAGUGUACAAGUCGGACAAACGAUAUUUCCCUCUGUAUCGUAAAACCGACCAGGAACCUAAAGCUAUAAUUUCGGAAGUCAAAAUUGAACACGGUUCGACGGUUGUGGUACUGCGGGGAAUUGUUCAAGUGUUUAACCAUUUCACUGCUCCAAUUUUCGUUCAUCAAUUUAUCGCCCAUGAAAAGGUGCUAGUUGGAGAAAUUAGGCCGGGAGCAUUCUUAAACGUUCCACUGUACUUUCUGUACAGUGACUCGAGAGAGCUUCACUUUUCGAUGAAAGGUUACCACUCGUCUGCUCAGGGUCUCAGCUGGAAAGAACAACCAAAUAAUCUAGAACUUAUAAAAUCUCUUCAGUGUGACCCAAUAAAGACUUUUGAGCCGUUCUACAUCACUGCGGUUCGCGAGCGGCACGAUGUCUUCCAUGAAGUCACUUCGAAGCACACUAUGCUCAGUGCGUGUUAUGAAAUUCAUCUAAGACCUCCACUGAUGCUACGCAAUGCGCUACCCAUCGAUUUGACCAUAUCGGUUGCCGGCUGCUCCGUACGCAGAGAGUUGCAGAACGAAAUUAUCACCAGUUCGGAGAGUAUUUCCACCACCUCUACGAUCGCCGGUGAGGAUUACCUCGAUUAUGGUGAGAAGUCUCUUCGUCCGGGAGAAUUGCUGCAUCUUCCGACGGUUAAAACGUCCGUUGGAGGGAGUACGGAAACGACCUAUAUUGUCGCUAGGUUGAUACAAUAUUUGGAGAAAGAUUGGUCAUGUACAACCGAGAUUCCAGCGCAACCCCCAGAAUUCGGGGUAUGGACUUUCAAUGCUUAUGAUUCCGUGGAGGUUAUGUCUUUACAGUUGGGUGUCAAAUAUGAACAUCGCAGCGAUGGUUUGACACUAAUUGUUUACUGCCCCUUCUGGAUGCUCAACAAGACGGGUUUGAUGCUGAGCUACAGGAUACGAAGGGCAAGAAUUUGUGAGAAGCUUUCGAAGAUCAGCUGUGGAACCCUUCCGGAAAGAGCUAAUGACGAGAACACCAACAUUCUGUACCAUCCACCGGAGUACGAAGGGCCGAUAUUGUUUUCGUUCAGAGAGAAGGUUUUCUUCGGCAAGAAGAAGGCGGCCAUCCGGGUGGAUACCGGCGAAUGGAGUGAAAAGUUUUCGUUGGAUGUUGCCGGUUCUAGCGGUGUGAUCGCUUGUCAAGCUAACAACAUGACAUAUCAGAUUGGCGUGCAUAAUACCUUGACGCACAACUCGCUGACGAAGCAGAUCGUAUUCAUGCCCUACUUCGUGUUGAUAAAUCGGGCCGAAUUCGAUGUGGAAGUACAGGAACACUUACGGCCCGGGGAUCCAUGGACUCGAGUGAAGGUAGAUGAUUGUGUGCCUCUUUGGCCUCACACCGAAGAGAAUCGAAUGUUGCGAGUGCGAGCCAGUGGUCAAUCGGAAAUCACAGCACCAUUCAAGUAUACGGAGGUGCAAUGUACCCUGCUGCAGCUGAAGAAUUGCUACGGAGGAAUCAAUGUCGAUGUUCACGUUACGGAAGGUGCCAUUUACAUCACAUUCACUGGCUAUCACGUGGGUGAUGCUCCCGCUCUGUUGAUCAAUCAUACCAGCGAAGAGUUUGCUUUCAGAGAAAAGGGGGAUGUCAAUGGGAAGAUUCUGAUGCCAAAUCAGAUGGUGUUGCACACGUGGGUCAACCCGGCUGGCGAAAGAAGAAUUGUUUGGGAUAGUGGUUCUAAACUGGUGCUGAUUGAAAAUGAUUUGCGAAAAGAUGACAUCAGCGAGUUUAAGUCACCGACUGAUAGAGAUAUUUUUUGGGUUUCCUUCUUGAAUGGAACUCAGCGAGUUCUGCUGGUCACUGAUAAUGCCAACAUAGCUUAUGGUGUUCACAGUGCCAGUCGGCUGGACCAUGUCACGCAGGAAAUUAAGCUCGAAAUUCACGGAGUUGGUUUAUCACUGGUAAAUAACAUGAAACCAUGUGAUUUGAUGUAUAUCGGCAUUGCCAGUUCGGGAGUUAUUUGGGAAGAAUGUAAGCGUUCCGGUCGCUUCAAACAGAUGAAAAUUCAAGAAACUUUAAACAUGGAGAAUAUGUACCAACAGUAUCUACGAGACAUCGAAAUCGGAACGUCAUCAAAUAGAAAAUACUUUUUGGAAGGUGAAAAACGCGUCGAAAUAGACUUCGAUAGGUUCAUCAUAAAGAAAUCCACAGACCGUGCCAUCAAGCGUACCUUCUAUCCGGGCUUGUGGUUCGAAAUAAAAUCAUCCUCCCAUCAGUUGCAGUUCCACGCCAAAAUAAACCGAAUUCAAAUCGACAAUCAGCUGUCGGACUGCAUUUUCCCCGUGGUCCUAGCACCGAUUCCUCCGCCGAAGAGCGUGGCCGCCACAACAGAGUUCAAGCCGUUCAUCGAGAUGAGCAUGGUACAACGAAUCAUUCCGCACUCGAAUGUUAAACAGUUCAAAUACCUGAGGGUUCUGAUGCAGGAGUUUCACGUCAAGGUGGAUCUGCUUUUUAUAAACGAAAUUUUCGAGAUGAUCAGUACUGAAAUAACGGAAGCAGAGGCUAAAAAACUUUUCACCGAGGAUCUUAAAGUUCAAACCCAACCGCUGAACGCUCACGUUGCAAUCCAAUCACAGGUGGAGGUGAAGAACUUCUACGACAACCUGCAUCUCGGUCCGCUGAAGAUUCACGUUAGCUUCUCGAUGGCUGGCUCGGAAUCGAAAGCACUGCCGGGAAUUCUUUCCACCAUUCUACAGGGUGUUGGUGUCACGCUGACCGACAUCAACGAUGUCGUAUUUCGAUUGGCCUUCUUCGAGCGUGAGUUCCAGUUUCUCACGCAACGGCAGCUGGUGUCGGAGUGCGUGACGCACUACAGUGGUCAAGCGGUUAAGCAACUGUACGUACUAGUGCUGGGGUUGGAUGUGAUUGGAAACCCGUACGGGCUGGUGGUUGGAUUCACCAAAGGUGUCGAAGAUUUGUUCUACGAACCAUUCCAGGGGGCUAUUCAGGGUCCGGGAGAAUUUGCUGAAGGUUUGGUCCUGGGAGUGCGAUCGCUUUUCGGUCACACCGUGGGCGGUGCAGCAGGAGCUGUUUCGAAAAUUACUGGAGCCAUGGGUAAAGGUCUAGCGGCUUUGACCUUCGAUGAAGAUUACCAGAAGAAGCGACGUGAUGCACUGAACAAAAAGCCCGCUUCGCUUCAGGAAGGAAUUGCCCGUAGUGGUAAGGGUCUGGUGAUGGGUGUGUUCGAUGGUGUUACGGGAGUUUUUACCAAACCCAUAAGCGGGGCUAAAGAGGAAGGCGUUGAAGGAUUCUUCAAAGGACUGGGAAAAGGAGCCGUAGGAUUGGUAGCACGGCCGAUUGCCGGUGUAACCGAUUUUGCCAGUGGAAGUUUCGAUGCGGUGAAGCGAGCCACUGAGUUAUCGGAUGAAGCAAUGCGGCUAAGGGCUCCCCGCUUCCUGCACAAAGAUGGAAUCGUCAGGCCGUACAAUAGGAGAGAUGCUGAGGGAAACAAGUUGUUAAAGGAUAUUGAUAAGGGUAAAUUUGCUGCGACGGACACAUUUGUUUUUUACGAGUCUGUUGACAAUAAGGACGUGGUGGUUCUAACCGAUUGUCGAAUAAUAUACACCGUCAAGAGUGACCUGUUUGGAGGAUGGCAGUGUGAAUGGACGCAUCGCUGGGCAGAAGUACUCAGCGUAACAAUUCUAAAUGAUGGAGUGGAGAUUUUACUCCGCAGCAAGGACAGUAAGUCUGCAUUGAAGAAAAUGUUUGGAUCGAACACAAAUCAGAAAAAGAUUCUGCUAGUUUCGCUGGCUUACAAACGAACCCGUCUAGCCGAAGUUAUGAAUCAAUUGCGGAUCAAGGCUGAAUGAUAGUAGCUGCAACCGGAAUCAGCUCAUCUAGUCUCACAAAGCCAUUAGUGCAUAAUUCAAUGUUAUGCUUUAAAUAUCGUCAAUAUCAUAGAGUCAUUUAUUCGCCUGACGGCAAUGUUAGAUCGCUCCAUAGAUCCCCAUUACAUUAGCUUAUCGUUAGCUAGCUAGCAGUUAAGUGCUGCUUUUAAUAAAAAAAAGUGGUGAUACUUAUCCCGAAUAUCAGAAUUAUAUAGAUAUGUUCUCAUCAUAUGUAGCUAUUCAUAUUACCGUCCGACGGAGUUGGUUUCGCUUUCUAUAGGUUAGAGAAUAACCGGAACGUAGCACUACUGGUUUUAAAUCACGCAUUUUAUGCACGCCUGCAAUCCGAUUUGGACAUUAACCGAAAGAGACCAACUAGAACCACUAACCAACGAAGGAUAACACACAUUUUUAAACGACGACAGUAUCUCCGUGAAAAGCAAUCAGAAGCAAUCUCUUUUCUAUUAGACGAUAACGGGUGAAAAAACAAACGAUAACGAUUGUCAAUCGACAGGUAUCUUUAUUAUUAUUUUUUUAAAUUGUUACGAACACAAAAUCUAUAGAUGCAAAGUGCAACGCAAUUGAAUCGACCAUAUUUAAACAAUUGUCUCUUAGAACCAAACCUACUUUCCACGAACCGUUUUACACUACAUAUUUUCUUUUUGGGGCGACGAUUGCAGCCUGUAUAAUAAA